AUGGGGAGGUUCCUGGAGAGGGUGGCUCUGGUUCUCCUGUGCAUCCGACACGUGGUUCCGGAUAUCGGGAGGUUUCCUCAGGAUGAUUUCGUGGAACGAUGCAGGAUCGACUGUGUGGUUCAUAGGACUCCUUUGGCCUGUGGGAAACACAGAGUCGUGCGUUGGCUGCGCGACGUGGCCAGGGAAAAGGACCUCCAAUAUGGACCGGUGAGGGUCAUAGAAAUUCCCAUCCUGUCGGGCGAAUCGUUCCUACCGAAGGUGCAGAGGUCAAGGGGGAGUGGAAGCGGCGUCGAGGAGACCUUGAACUUCUUCAGGGAUGUUGCCGAAGAGAUGAUCACCAGGAGAGCACUGGUGUACACCGUGGAUCACUCUUCGGGAGCGAGGAGCUUCUUCACGGGCUUGACGGUCGUCGAUGAAGACGAGAUCAGGGACUUGCAGAAGAGGGGCUGGAAAAGUGGGUACCGGUGGAGCUACGUUAAGCACCGGAUCUUCAAGAAGAAGAAGUCCUUGAUCCUGCCGAUCCUCGUGCUGAUUCAAUUGUUUAAACUGAAGUUACUCAUCCUGCCGAUCCUCUUCGGGGUGCACUUCAUCAAGAAGUUCCUAGUUUUCGGCUCGCUGUUGCUGCCCUCCAUUUUGAAACACCUGAAAAUCUGCAGGUCGCCUCAUCCUCAACCUCAUCAUCUGUGGAGCACCGCCGCGGAUACACCUGUUGACUACCCGACAGGUUACGGCCAUGACGAGCAAGAAUGGAACCACAAGAAUGACUACCAAGGUCAUCCCUUCCACCAUGGAUUUCAAGGUUAUGGAGGCUAUGGCGGAUAUGGCCAUGGAGCUUAUGGUUGA